AAAUUAAAAUGAGAAGUUAUCAGGCAAUGCUUAACAAUGGUGAAACCCUACCGAUUAUCGGUAUGGGUACUUAUUCAGGCGAAAACGAUAGAGAAACAACUGAGAAAGCCAUUAGAACAGCGAUCAAGAUGGGGUACAGACAUUUUGAUACGGCAAAAAUAUACGGUUCGGAGUUGGCUUUGGGAAAUGCAUUAAGACGAGCAAUUCAUGAUGGAUUGAUCGAAAGGGAAGACAUUCAUGUCACUUCUAAACUUUGGUCAAGUGAUCAUCAUGAUCCUGUUACUGCUCUUCAACAAACUCUACAGCGGCUAGGAAUGGAAUACAUAGACUUGUAUUUGGUGCAUUGGCCAGUGGCUUUGAAGGCAUGGGUGGAUUAUCCAGUUCCAGCAGAAGAAGACUUUGAGGAAUUGGACAUGGAAAAUACUUGGUCUGGCAUGGAGAGGUGCUUAGAAAUGGGAUUGUGUAAGUCCAUUGGAGUAAGCAACUUCUCAUCUAGAAAGAUUGAAGAACUCAUAGACUUUGCUUGUGUCACUCCUGUUGUCAAUCAGGUAGAAAUGCAUCCAAUGUGGAGACAAAGAAAGCUAAGAUCAAUAUGUGGGGAUUAUGGAAUUCAUUUAAGUGCAUAUUCACCUCUUGGUGGUCCUGGAAAUGCUUGGGGAACUACUGCUGUGGUUGAUCAUCCAAUUAUACAAUCCAUUGCUCACAAACAUAACGCAACUCCAGCUCAGGUCGCGUUACGAUGGGGGUUGUCCCAGGGAUCAAGCGUUAUAGUAAAGAGUUUCAAUCCACGGAGAAUGAAGGAGAAUAUUGGAGCUCUUGAUUUAACAUUGGACGAUUGGGAUUUAUUUGAGAUUGAGAAAAUGGAAGAAAGAAAGAUUAUGAGGGCUGAAUAUCUAAUUAAUGAUACUACAAGUCCAUACAAGACCAUUGAGGAACUUUGGGAUGAUGAGAUAUAAUUAAUUCU